AUGGAGAACUUCUCAUCACUGUUUACUCUUGACUGCUUACAGUCAUGGCCGGUUCCGCGGCUGUCGCUGCCCCGGGGCCCAGCGCCCCCGGAGGCUGAAUGUGAACGUGGGGGUCCUGGGGCACAUCGACAGCGGCAAGACAGCGUUGGCCCGGGCGCUCAGCACGACCGGUUCCACCGCGCCUUCGACCGGGCCCCGCAGAGCCGCGCUCGGGGCAUCACCCUGGACCUGGGCUUCUCCUGCCUCCGCACCCCGCUGCCGCCGCACCUGGGCCCCGGCCCUGGCGAGCUCCAGCUCACCCUGGUGGACUGUCCGGGACACGCCUCCCUCAUCCGGACCAUCAUUGGCGGUGCCCAGAUUAUUGAUUUGAUGAUGCUCGUAAUAGACGUGACAAAAGGGAUGCAGACUCAGUCAGCAGAGUGCUUGGUGAUUGGGCAAAUUGCCUGCCAGAAGAUGGUGGUGGUUCUGAACAAAAUAGACCUUCUUCCAGAGGGAAAGAGACAAGCUGCCAUUGAGAAGAUGAUGAAGAAAAUGCAGAAGACUCUGGAAAAUACAAAGUUCCAAGGGUGUCCUAUUGCUGCUGUUGCAGCUAAGCCUGGUGGACCAGAAGCCCCAGAGACUGUGAAUCCACUAGGUGUUUCUGAACUAAUUGAGGUCCUGAAAUCUCAGGCUUACCUGCCAACAAGAGACCCCACGGGACCCUUCCUUAUGGCCAUCGACCACUGUUUCUCCAUCAAGGGUCAAGGCACGGUGAUGACAGGGACUGUUCUUUCUGGCUCCGUGAGCCUAGGUGAUAAUGUGGAGAUUCCUGCCCUGAAGGUGACAAAGAAAGUCAAGUCUAUGCAGAUGUUCCAUACUCCUGUAACAUAUGCCAUGCAGGGUGACAGAGUUGGCGUCUGUGUGACCCAGUUUGAUCCCAAGCUGCUAGAACGAGGUCUAAUCUGUACUCCAGAAUCUCUCCAGACCAUACAUGCUGCUGUCAUCUCCUUGAAGAAAAUCCAGUAUUUCCGUGGUGCUCUUCAGACCAAGGCCAAGUUUCACAUCACAGUUGGUCAUGAAACAGUCAUGGGAAGAGUGAUGUUCUUCAGCACAGCUCCUGCUGACUUCAGCGAAGAACCCCUGGAGAAUGCUUUUGAUUUUGCAAAGGAAUAUCUUUAUCAAGAGGAAUACUUAUCUAAGGGAUCAAAAUCUUCAGAGGAAAACAAGGAAAAUGACCAAACAGGAGAAGGGCAGCUUCCGAGGCAACAAUGGGCUUUACUGGAGUUUGAAAAACCUGUGACUUGUCCUAAAUUAUGCCUUGUGAUUGGCUCCAAGCUGGAUACUGAUAUUCAUGCAAAUACCUGCAGGUUGGCGUUCCAUGGGGUACUGCUUCAAGGGAUGGAAGACAAGAACUAUGUUGAGACUUUUCUUCCAAAGCUGAAAGUGUACAAAUUGAAGCAUAAGGAAGGACAAGUGGAGAGGGUGCUGGAUGAUUAUAGUGUGAUCGGUCGUUCAUUGUUUAAGAAGGAGACCAACAUCCAGAUUUUUGUGGGGUUAAAAGUCAAACUAUCUACAGGAGAGGAUGGAGUAAUAGAGGGCGGCUUUGGGCAGAGUGGCAAAUUUAAAAUCCGAAUUCCAAAUGGACUCAAGCCAGAUACAAAGGUGCUUCUCACUGUGACCUCCAAGAAGAAAUCCAAGGCAGGGAAGGGAGAUACAGCCAAAGAGGAUGAAAGCAGCAAGGUUGACUCAGCCCAACCUGUUACUAUCAACCUUCUCUUUAAAAGAUAUGUCUUUGAUACACAGAAGAAAAUGGUUCAAUCUUGAGAAGGCGGAAGAGGCCUUCUAGCUGAUGUCUGAAGUGUCCUUAAAAGGCUUACACACCAGAAUGAAUUCAGGUGGAACGUAUUUCUUGUCUGAAAACCUUGGACUUUGAAAGAUUUUUUUAUCUCAGUAACAUCCGUUAAGGGUGCCUUCUCCCUGGAUUGAAGCUGGAAAGUCCUCCUAUCCCCAUGACUGCGCUUAGCCUCUAAAAUCUUUGUUCAUUCUGAUUUUGCUAUUUGAAUUUCCCUGCUGUCCCUCUUGGCACGUAUCACCUGUCAAUUUGUACUUUUGUGUUUUACGGUUGAUAGAAAUGUUUUCGUGAAUGUUUUAAAUUUCUUUUAAUUUAAGCAUUCUGCAGCAAGGUGGAAAAUCCAAACCCAGUCGCAUUUGGGAAAUUUUAUGGUAACUAGUAAAUGAAAUUAACCAGUCUACUGGUUAAAUGGUAAAAUUAAAAUAGAUGUUUUAGAUUUUCAGAUCUAAUAAUGUGUGAUGCUGUCUAAGAGACAGGUAUGGAAGUUUUGGAAAAAUGAUUUAUAUCUUGACAGUCUGCACUGUUAGAACAUCCUCGUACGCACAUAAUUUCAUGGCCUGUAUCGUUAUGUUUGCUAGUCUGUCAGUUCAGAACUGCUUUUCUACAAUAUUUCACACAGCUUUUGUGAGUCUGCUAGCUAUUUACUUGAUUCUUUAGGAAAUUGGGAGGCUAAAAUAUUCUGGGUCCUUGCUAAGAAAAUAUGCCCUGGAACUGCUUUAAUUUUUGUAACCAAAGUGCUUGUUUUGUGAGAAUGAAAUGGAAAGUUGCCUGUGGAAAUAGUGACUGGCUUCAUUUCAUUAAAAUUAAAAUAGCAGAUUACAGUUAUAAGGCCUUUUAAACUAGAGAUCUCUAAGGUGCUUUAGAAACUAUUAGCUGUUUAGAAGGGCUCUCAUAGGUGGUACUUCUGAUUUCUUGCCCCAACCUCAUAAAAGCUGGGGAUAACAGUUCUCCAGUGUCCCUUAUUUGUUUCUUGUAGAGCAUAAGCCACCCUAACUCUGAUACUAACAAUGGCUGUACACAUUCAGAUGCUACACUCUUGAGCAGGGCUUGAACUAAGGUUUUACAAUGCCAAAACAUUCACCCCUGCCAUUUGAUCAAAAGGAGUAACUGUAUUUGCUGUCAGUAAGUAGUGUGGUUGCUGGGACCAGCCAUGAGAAUGAGAUGGAGCCACAUGCACCAAGCAAGUGUAUUUCUUUGAUGAUAAAUAAAUAACCAUAACAGAUCAUUUGCUCUCUUGUUUUCCAAAGCAUUAUUAAUCAGCCAUCCAGUAAUGGGAAUAGGGGUUGUUGGUUAGCUUGUGCCCUUUCUGCUGGCUUGGUGGCUUUUUUUCAGCAGAGCAAAAUAUUGUAGGAUUUAUUUAUUUGGUGACAGGGAUGAACUGGAGGAAGCAAAAAACUUGAUAUCCAGAGGACAUUUCCCGCUAAACAUUCUUGCGGCAGGGCAAAUUUGGUGCCUAAACUAGCUUGACACAGUGUCCCUUUAAAUCAGAUCAGAGGAGGUGCUUUGUGGAAUAAUCCCAAACAGUUUCUGCUGAGUGAGUGAGUCCCAGCCAAAGCUUUAGCACAUCCUUUAAGAUGAUGGGGUACACUUUCAGUGUGAUCCAUGAGGAAUUAGGCAGGCAACUCCAGUUACGGCUUAAUAUGACUUGUGCUGCCAGCCCUGCUGGAAAAUGUAUCCUCCUAUAAGGAAAAUGUGUCCUCUCUACCACCCUCCUCUCUCAUAUACACCCCCCAAGACAAUCUUCCAUAAGAAUAUUUAUUGCAUUCUCUUUCUGUUAAGUCAUUAUCAAAUCCUAUAUUGCAUCCUUUACUCAAUAUUGCACUCCUGUUUAGCACUUAGAUACUAUGGUGAUGCAUAUUUUAGAAAACUGUAAAAUAGAUGACACAGAGGGAAUGCCUAUGUAUUAUAUCAGCUUAAUCUAAGAAUUAAUGGUAUAAUUUCAGGGAAACUCAAAAGUGAAGUUUUGAUCACUUGCAAUUACUAAAGAAUUUUUAGUACGUUUAAGAAUGUUUUUGUUUGGGUUUUUUUGUUUUGUUUAGAAGUGCAGAGGUUUUGGCUCUGGUGUCCUCAACAAAUACCGAACUGGGUUAUUAACUGCCAAUCCUAAAAUACCCUUAUGAGUUUCAAUAAGACAUGGUAGUCUGUGUGUGUUAUCCUAAACUCUGCUGUGUACUAAUGUUGCUGGCCGCUGGGUUCCACACCAGAGGUAGUAGCAUUUUGGUGAUGGGUAAGUGAUUCUUGACUGUACGCUUUGUAAAGGACUUUUUGAUACUUCUGGAUGGAAGUCAGCCAGUCAGUGCAAGGUAUGUAUUGUUACAUAGCAUUUUCUGUUUAGCUUUUUGAAUUCCUUCUUGGUUUCCACCCAGUUCUUCUUGCAUUCUUCAGGGCAGUCUGAAUGGGCCAGUCAGUUGUUCUGGAACUUGAUCCAUCUGAAAACAUACAGAUUUGGAAUACUUACUGAGUCAAUAUAACCCUCUCUUCAGCUGAACAGUAUUCUAGUGCUUUAUAAUUCUGUAUUUUAAACCCCUUUUGAAGAGAGUGUUGUCCUUGCACUUUGCUCAUCUGGCAGAGCACUGUAUUUUAUAGGACCAAGAGUUGGUAAUAUAUGCUGAGAACUUGUUUUUUUCCCCCUUGUAACUCUAAGAGAAAAACUUAAGUGCCCAGGAACUUUGAUUAUAACGUGCUGUUACUGCAGAUCUCUGGCUGCUGUCCUGAGGCUGUUGGAUACACAUUCAGAAAAGGGUGAAAUGGUGGAACAAAAUGAUUAUGGGAAAAUCAAAGCAUUUAAAGGCAUUUGUAGGAUGAACAGAUGUUCAAACGUUCUCUUAUUUGGUCUCCAGACAUACGCCGAGACUUUGCUUUCAUCUUGGUAAUCGGUGCAUUAUGCUGUAAUUUGUAAAAAUGGCAUUAAAAUUUUUUUAACAGGG